AUGGCAGGUCACCGGACAGUCGAGCUGUACUUCUCAUUUGUCUCAUUAUGGUCGUACAUUGGGAGCCGUCGGUUCCAACAACUUCUUAAACAAACUGAAUCUCAAGUCAUCUACAAACCGAUCGACUUGAUGUAUACAUUCUCAAUUUCUGGCGGACUCCCUGUCAAGCAACGCGCAGAGCAAAGACAAACCUACCGGUUAAUUGAGAUGGAGCGCUGGAAACGUAUUCGUGACAUUCCACUCGUUUUACAUCCGAAGUGUUAUCCAGUAGAUCCGUCACUUGCACACCGAGUACUCCUUGCAGCAGCGGAAGAACUAGGACAUGAUAGUCCCUUGGUGCAGGAGUAUGUGCAUAAGGGCCUUGAGGCCGUUUGGGCGAGAGAACUUGAUAUUGCGAACCCGGAAACUAUCGUUCAACUUGCGGAUGAAGCUGGACUUGAAGGGAGCCGCCUUUUAGAACGGGCUCGGAAUGAGAGCAAACUUGCAGAAUUUGAAUCAGCAUUGACUAAGGAAGCAGAAACACGAAAGGUAUUUGGUGCGCCGUUCUAUUUCUAUCAAAAUGAGCCGUUGUGGGGACAGGAUCGUCUGGAGAUGUUAGAGGAGAUUAUUGAGAGUGGACGCGCUGCUAUUCAAGCACCUGAGUGA